AUGUCUUUCGAUCCCACAAGCGUCGAUCUGAACACUGCCAGUAAGGAGGAUGUGCUUUGCUACCUCGAAAUCGAAGGCAAUGACUACAAUGGUCACCUCGGCGCUCGCAUCUCUUCCAUCUUCGUGAUCCUCUUCGUCUCUUCCGCUUUUACCGUCUUUCCAGUCGUCUCUAAGCACAUGACGAGAUGGAAAAUUCCCUUCAGCGUGUACAUUUUCGCCCGAUACUUCGGCACUGGCGUCAUCGUGGCCACUGCUUUCAUCCACCUUCUUGACCCAGCCUACAAAUGUAUUGGACCACAGACUUGUGUCGGACAGUCUGGAUACUGGGCUGAAUACUCUUGGUGUGCUGCAAUUGUCCUCGCAUCAAUUGUAAUCAUCUUCCUCCUCGAUCUUGCCGCCGAAGUCUAUGUUGAGCAGAAAUAUGGGAUGCACAAGGAUGAAUCCGCAACAGGGGCCUUCGUCCAAUACGAACAUCAUCCGGAUUUGCAAGCCGCCCCAGAUACAGAGAAAAACAUUUUAUCUCCUAAUGAGAAGAAAACUGACACCUGGGCCACAACCUCGACUGGAACUGAAACCGAUGACACCGCCGAGCGCUCGUUUCGGCAACAAAUCGCCGCCUUCCUCCUACUUGAAUUUGGAAUCAUCUUCCACUCCGUCAUCAUCGGCCUUAACCUUGGGGUGACAGGAUCGGAGUUUGCAACACUAUACCCCGUCCUCGUCUUCCACCAAUCUUUCGAGGGACUUGGUAUUGGCGCCCGGAUGUCCGCCAUCCCAUUUGGAAAACACACUUGGCUCCCCUGGAUUCUGUGCGCAGCAUAUGGACUGACAACUCCGGUAUCUAUUGCGAUUGGACUGGGAGUUCGGACCACAUAUGUUCCUGGCUCAAAGGUAUCAUUGAUUAUCCAAGGCGUGCUGAAUGCUGUCUCUGCGGGAAUUCUGAUCUACAGUGGACUUGUUGAACUGCUUGCGAGAGACUUUUUGUUUGAUCCUUGCCGGACCAAGCAGAGAUCGAAGCUUUUAUUUAUGAUAUUCUGUACCCUUUUGGGAGCGGGAAUCAUGGCUCUGAUUGGGAAGUGGGCAUGA